UCAAAGUUGAAGUAGGAAAUAUUCUUUUUAUCCAAACCAGUUGCACGAUAAAUCAUGGUACCUUUUCAGCAAUAAUAAACACAGCACUUCGUGAUAAACUCAGUGGGUUCACAUUAAAAUUUCUUGGUUUUCCUCCCAAAGCAACAAGAUGUUGCAAACAGCUUGCAGCUCGUUUUCAUGGCUGUUGAAUGUUGGCAACCAGAAAGAUGGACUGUUCCCAGCAUCUUUCUCAUUUCUGGUUGCCAUAUUGGGAAUUUCACUCUUGUACUCAUUUUGGAAGGCAAGGAAACCGAUGGCUCCAUUGCCACCUGGUCCCCGUGGGUUGCCAAUCCUGGGGUAUCUUCCAUUUCUUGGAUUCGAUAAUCUCCAUCUGGUCUUUACGGAGUUGGGUGGAGUUUAUGGUCCCAUUUACAAGCUUUGGCUUGGGAACAAGCUAACCGUAGUAAUUAGCUCUCCAUCGCUUGUAAAAGAAGUGGUUCGUGACCAUGAUAUAGCAUUUUCAGAGCGAGAACCUCCCAUUGCUGCACAGAUUAUUACCUUUGGCUCCAAUGAUAUUGCGUUCGACUCUUACAGCAGUCCCAGCUGGAAAAACAAGCGCAAAGUUCUCGCGACCGAUAUGCUAAGCAACGCUAACCUUAAUGCCUGUUAUGAUCUACGACGAGAGCAAGUGAUGAAAAUGGUGGAGGAUGUGUAUGAAAACGUUGGCAAGCCAAUUGAUAUAGGCGAAUUAGCAUACUGUGCGUUAAUCAAUUAUAUCGGAAAGAUGGUGUGGGGAGGCGCACUCCGAGGAGAGAAAGGGACUGCGGUUGAGGGUCGCUUCAAAGAGAUUUCUUCGCAGAUGAUGGUGUUACUGGGAAAACCAAACAUUUCUGAUAUUUUCCCCGCGAUUGCAUGGUUCGACAUCCAAGGUAUCAAGAGGGGAAUGAAGAAAAUCCGUCAAUCGUUCAAUGAACUUUUAGAGUCUGUGAUUGAACUCAGAAUGAACACGGUGACUGAGAAAGAAACGAGUGAACAAAAAUUCGACUUCUUACAAUUGCUCUUGGAUUUACACAAGAACCAAGAUAGCCCUUCAUCACUUACGAUGAAUCAAGUAAAGGACCUUCUCAUGGACAUUGUGGUAGGUGCAACAGAUACUACUUCAACUACGACAGAGUGGGCAAUGGCAGAGGUAAUGCAACAUCCAGAAAUAAUGGAGAAAGUGAAGAAAGAACUAACUGAUGUUGUUGGGGUAAAUGACAUCAUUGAAGAGUUUCACUUGCCUAAUUUAAGUUACCUAAAUGCAGUGAUAAAGGAGACCUUCAGAUUGCAUCCACCCGUGCCCCUUCUUGUUCCUCGUUGUUCUGCUCAAUCACUCACUGUGGGUGGCUAUACCAUACCAAAGGGUAGCAAGGUGUUUUUAAACAUGUGGUCCAUUCACAUGGACCCCAAUAUUUGGGACAAUCCUUCAGAAUUUCGACCCAAAAGGUUCUUGGAUGAGCCUGGAAAGUUCGAUUUUCUCGGAAAUGAUUUCCGAUAUAUGCCAUUUGGGUCAGGAAGGAGACGGUGUCCAGGCAUAACCCUAGGGGAGAAGAUGUUAUCUUUCAUAUUGGCCUCAUUGCUGCAUUCUUGUGAAUGGAAAUUGCCCCAAGGCGAACAACUUGACCUUUCCAGCAAUUUUGGAAUUGUUAUGAAGAAAAAGAACCCUUUACGUCUUAUUCCCAUACCAAGAUUGUCUGGUCAUGUGCUUUACAAAAAGUAUUGGCUAUAAACUAUUAUUAUUGUAUCUCCUUUUGCAAAUUACUGUCGUCUAUUAAUCCUGGCAUGUCAUCUAGGACUGGGAUAUCAACACUAAUGCCCCAUUUUAUUGAUAUCUUUUAUAUGAUUGAAUAAAAAAAGAGUUAUUAGUUUGAUGAUUAA